AUGAUCGAUCUUGCCCGUCUACAUGUAGCGAUUAGCACCUCUACCAAGGGAAUUACAGUUGUGGAUGAGGGAAGCAACCUAAGCCCAAUAUUUCGAUGGAUGAAAACGGGUACCGACCUGGUUAAAGCCAACGCGAACCCAUAUACAGAAGUAACUAGCUUCACUAUUAUGUUCGGCUCCAUGGAAUUUCAUUGUGCUAACUCACGCUCCCCCCUUAUCCAUAUGGUACAUAAAAGUUGCAAGCUUUAUGCGAUCAGAAUGCAUCAUGGAGACGAUGUUUAUGUUCUCCCAGAAAGCUCGGCCAAAGAGUGGCGAAACCUUCCCCGGGAGCAUGAUACCUUUUAUGGUGCACUUUCACUGUAUCUAUCUAUGCGAUUCAAACAGCAGGCAUCAUACCAAGAACUUGAAGAAUGUUGUUACCAGACAACUGGCCAAGAAGUAUACCUACAUGAUAUGACCACGACUUCAGCCGAUGCUUUUUAA